AAAAGAAAAAGAAAAAGAAAAAGAAAAAAUAAACAGAACGAGAAAGGAAGCAUUAACCAUGGCAUGGAAAUGGCAAUGGAAAUAACGAGAAGAAGAGUAACAAUGUUGCUCCGUCGUUAAAGAGAGAGAAUCGAAUGCCACAAUCUCUUCUUUGUUUCUCAAAAUUUUCUCGUUUUUCUUCGAAUUUCGCCCUAAUUCGCGAUGGAAGCUUUGAUCGAAUUAUGCGACCUCAUCGCGUUAAAUCCAUUGCAAUUCCCUGAUAAACUUUCGUGGAUAUGUGAUAAAUGUCCUCCGCCGGAGUAUCUAUCCGCCGGAUCGCCUAGGGUUUCACGUUCUCAGCUCAAUGCCGUUAUCGCCGUCGCUCGUUUCAUAUCGAAGUGUUCCGAUUCCCCCGAUCUACGCCCUAAAUCAGUCGUCAUCGAGUUCCUCCGUUCGAUUCCGUUUUCAUUUACUCAGUCCUUCUGGCCGCAUCCUUUCAGCGCAGAUUUCGUUGCGUCUUUCUUUCUCGAUUUCAUUGGUUAUGUCUCCAAAGCUGCGCAAUCGUCGCCGGAUUUCUCCGAGGAGGUUGCUGGUUUCACCGGCGAAGUUGUGUUGUCUGCGAUUGCACAACCGAAUUCCAUUAUUGCUAGAGCUUUUUUGGUUGCUUUGUCGCAGAAUUUUCUUGCUAUUGAAUCUCCGGCUGCCAACAAAUUGGUCACUUGUUUGAUUGAACAGUUUGCUGCUGGUCCUGGUCCAAUCACGCCGGUUGAACUCAAUGCUGGAAACUCCGACAAUUCUUCUUCCCAAAGCUCCCCUCCUAAUGGCAACCAUCAACCUAAUGGUAGUCCGACUAGUAAUGUUUCUUGUUCUUCGAGUGGUGCGGCUUCUAAGGCUGCAGGGGAUGACGCUACUGCCAGCACCGCCUCGUCGAGAGGGUCAGUUGUGACGAAUGGAGGCAGCCAUAUAUGGAGGAGUAAUGCUGAUCAAUUGGCGCAAAAUUUGGGUUUAAAUGAUGGUGCUCUUGGCGGAAGCUCUUCUGGCCAACAGGUUGUUUCCUUUGAGGAAGAGUCUGUGGAGUUCUUGGAGAGACAAGAAAUAGCUUUUAAGGUGAUUGCUCACGUGUUGGAAAAGGUUCGCGUUGAUCCUGCCCUUUUGGAGCAGGCUAGGUUGAUAGGGAAGAAACAGAUUCAAUCCAUGUCUGCAUUUCUAAAGAUUAGGAAGAGGGAUUGGCACGAGCAAGGGUCAAGUCUAAAAGCUAGAAUUAAUACCAAAUUGUCAGUUUAUAAAGCAGCAGUUUCAAUGAAAAUCAAGAGCCUCUCGGCACUGGAUUCUGAUUCAAGAUCUGUCAAGAGAUUGGUUUAUGAGGCAGUUGCGAUAUUGAUAGAUGCAGCUGAGGCGUGCUUGCUGUCUGGAUGGAGGAAGUUGAAAACAUGUGAAGAGCUCUUUAGUUCCUUGCUUCUUGGGGUGGCACAAAUUGCUAUUGCUCGAGGCGGUCAACCAUUGCGGAUUUUGCUCAUUCGCCUAAAACCAAUUGUUCUCAACGUUUGUGCUCAGCCCGAAACAUGGAGUAACAACCAGGGGACCAUGUUCGACAGUGUCACAAAAGCCAGCUGUCAGAUUAUUGAAUCUUGUUGGGCUAAGGAGCGAGCGCCUGUAGACACAUACAUCAUGGGGUUAGCUACAAGCAUACGCGAACGAAAUGAUUAUGGUGAACAGGACAACCAAGACAAACCCGCAAUUCCUUUUGUACAGCUAAAUGUUAUACGCCUGUUUGCUGAACUAAGUGCCGCAGUCAACAAAUCCGAGCUGGUAGAUGUGAUAUUACCUCUUUUCAUAGAAAGCCUAGAAGAGGGAGACGCUUCAGCUCCUAGUUUAUUGAGACUCCGACUUCUAGAUGCCGUAUCUCGAAUGGCCAGUUUAGGUUUUGAGAAAUCUUACCGCGAGACAGUGGUUUUGAUGACUCGAAGUUACUUGAAUAAACUUUCUAGUGUGGGAUCAGCUGAAAGCAAAACAGAAGCACCUGAAGCCACAACUGAGAGAGUUGAAACUCUACCUGCAGGAUUUCUUCUUAUUGCCACUGGUCUUACUACUGAUAGACUACGCGCAGACUAUCGCCAUCGAUUACUCUCCCUGUGCUCAGAUGUUGGUUUAGCUGCUGAGUCUAAAAAUGGAAGGAGUGGAGCAGAUUUCCUGGGUCCCUUGCUCCCUGCAGUUGCUGCAGUUUGUUCUGAUUUUGAUCCAACUUCAAAUGUGGAGCCAUCAGUUUUAAAGCUGUUUCGAAACCUUUGGUUCUAUGUUGCUCUUUUUGGCCUAGCCCCUCCUAUACAGAAGACUCAGGUAACGACAAAGUCAGUUUCCAGUACACUGAACAGUGUGGGAGGCACGGGUACAAUUUCCCUUCAAGCUGUAAAUGGACCAUAUAUGUGGAAUGUGGAGUGGUCUGCUGCUGUUAACCGAAUUGCACAAGGGACUCCUCCACUAGUUGUUAGCUCAGUGAAAUGGCUUGAGGACGAGUUGGAAUUAAAUGCCCUGCACAACCCAGGUAGUCGCCAAGGCAGUGGCAACGAGAAAGCCGCUCUUGCGCAGAGAACUGCUCUUUCUGCGGCUUUAGGAGGGAGAGUUGAUGUGACAUCAAUGACCACAAUCUCAGGGGUGAAGGCCACUUAUCUUCUUGCCGUAGCUUUUCUUGAGAUCAUCCGCUUUAGCAGCAAUGGCGGAGUCCUAAAUGGUGGGACCACUAUGGAUGCUACUCGAAGUGCUUUUACUUGUGUCUUUGAAUAUCUAAAGACUCCAAAUCUAAUGCCAGCUGUCUUCCAGUGCUUAACAGCGAUUGUCCACAGGGCUUUUGAAACAGCUGUGUCAUCAAUGGAAGAUCGAGUAUCUGAGAUAGGGCGUGAAGCUGAGGGCCGAGACUCGGUACUAACAAUGCAUACCUGUUUCCUGAUCAAAAGUCUGUCUCAGAGGGAGGAUCAUAUACGAGAUAUUGCAGAGAACUUGUUAACUCAACUUAGAGACAGGUUUCCACAGGUUUUAUGGGAUUCAUCCUGCUUAGAUUCAUUGCUAUUUUCAUUUCUUGAUGACCCUUCUUCAGCUGUCAUCAACGAUCCUGCUUGGACAUCAACAGUCCGUUCCUUGUAUCAGAGAAUUGUUCGAGAAUGGAUAAUUAAAUCACUUUCAAAUGCUCCAUGCACAAGCCAGGGCCUACUUCAGGAUAAACUUUGUAAAGCAAACAAUUGGCAAAGAGCACAGCCCACAAUUGAUGUUGUUUUACUUUUAUCUGAGAUAAGAAUUGGCACUGGGAAAAAUGACAACGGGUCAACCCAAACAGGAAAUAUUCCUGCAGUCUUGGCUGCAGCAGCUGCUUCGUCAGGAGCAAACCUAAAAGUGUCAGAAUCUUUUAAUUUAGAGAUUAUCAGUUCUGGUAAGUGCAACCAAGCUGCAGCAACAGUUAAAUGCAACCAUGCUGGAGAAAUUGCCGGUAUGAGGAGAUUGUAUAACAGCAUUGGUGGAUUUCAAUCCAGUACUACACCUACAGGUUUCGGGCUUGGAGCUGGGCUUCAAAGGAUAAUAUCUGGAGCCUUUCCUCAACAGCCACAAGCAGAGGAUGAUUCAUUCAAUGGAAUGUUACUUAAUAAGUUUGUACGUUUACUUCAACAGUUUGUCAACAUAGCAGAGAAAGGUGGGGAAGUGGUCAGGUCUGAAUUUCGUGAAACUUGUUCUCAGGCUACUGUUCUGCUUUUGUCAAAUUUGAGUUCUGGAUCCAAAUCGAAUGUGGAAGGCUUCUCACAACUUCUCCGUCUUCUUUGCUGGUGUCCUGCAUAUAUCUCCACUCAUGAUGCAAUGGAAACCGGUGUUUUCAUAUGGACAUGGUUGGUUUCUGCUGCACCUCAGCUUGGAGCUCUUGUCCUUGCUGAGCUUGUUGAUGCAUGGUUAUGGACAAUUGACACCAAACGGGGUCUUUUUGCAUCUGAAGCAAGGUACUGUGGGCCUGCUGCAAAACUAAGGCCUCACUUGGCCCAUGGGGAGCCUGAAUCACAGCCUCAGAUUGAUCUCCUUGAGCAGAUAAUUGCUCAUCGACUAUGGCUUGGAUUUCUUAUUGAUCGUUUUGAGGCGGUUCGACACCAAAGUGUGGAGCAACUUUUGCUUCUUGGUAGGAUGUUGCAGGGCACAACAAAGCUUCCCUGGAACUUUUCACAUCAUCCUGCAGCCACUGGCACUUUUUUCACUCUCAUGCAUCUAGGGCUCAAGUACUGUUCUUGCCAGUUUCAGGGAAACCUACAAAAAUUUCAAUUAGGCCUUCAGCUGCUGGAAGAUCGGAUUUAUCGGGCUGCUUUGGGUUGGUUUGCUUAUGAGCCUGAAUGGUACGACACAAACUAUACAAAUUUUACUCAAUGUGAGGCUCAGUCUGUUACUCUGUUUGUUCACUACCUUUCAAACAUCAAAGGAGAUGCUGUUCAAUUAGGUUCUAAAGGAAAUGGACAAGAAAAUGGAAACUCAUUAGCUGAUGUGAAUGAUCUCUAUCAUCCUGUUUGGGGUCAAAUGGAGAACUAUGCUGUUGGUAGAGAAAAGCGGAGGCAGCUGCUUUUAAUGCUAUGCCAACAUGAGGGUGAUAGGCUUGAGGUCUGGGCACAGCCCACUAAUACAAAGGAAACUAGCUCUAGACCCAAGAUUAGCUCAGAUAAAUGGAUAGAACAUGCUAGGACAGCCUUCGCAGUAGACCCAAGGAUUGCUUUAUCAGUGGCCUCUAGGUUCCCAACCAAUACAUUUGUGAAGACUGAAGUAACUCAGCUUGUUCAGGCACAUAUAAUGGAUGUACGCAAUAUACCGGAAGCAUUGCCUUACUUCAUCACCCCAAAGGCUGUUGAUGAUAAUUCAGUGCUAUUACAGCAAUUGCCUCAUUGGGCUCCUUGUUCUAUUACACAAGCUCUAGAGUUCCUUACUCCUGCAUACAAAGGCCAUCCACGGGUCAUGGCAUACGUUCUAAGGGUUUUGGAAUCCUAUCCUCCUGAACGUGUGACCUUUUUCAUGCCACAGUUGGUGCAGACAUUGCGGCACGAUGAUGGGAAAUUAGUGGAAGGUUACUUGCUUAGAGCUGCUCAAAGAAGUGACAUAUUUGCCCAUAUUCUUAUCUGGCAUCUGCAGGGUGAGACUGUACCUGAGGCAGGGAAAGAUCCAACCAGUGUGAAGAAUGGUUCAUUUUUAGAACUGCUGCCAGCUGUAAGGCAACAUAUAAUUGACGGUUUUAAUCCAAAGGCACUUGAUAUAUUUAAAAGAGAGUUUGAUUUCUUCGACAAAGUUACAUCCAUUUCUGGUGUAUUAUAUCCACUCCCUAAAGAAGAACGCCGAGCUGGUAUCAAAAGGGAGUUGGAGAAAAUCGAACUGGAUGGCGAAGACCUUUACCUACCAACAGCAACUACUAAGCUCGUUACUGGCAUUCAAGUAGAUAGUGGCAUUCCCCUACAAUCAGCCGCAAAAGUCCCAAUCAUGAUAACAUUUAACGUAGUUGACCGAGACGGGGACAGAAGUGAUGUAAAGCCACAAGCUUGCAUUUUCAAGGUUGGAGAUGACUGUCGACAAGAUGUCCUCGCCCUUCAAGUAAUAGCACUUCUUAGAGAUAUAUUUGAAGCCAUCGGUUUAAAUCUUUAUUUAUUUCCUUAUGGUGUUCUCCCUACUGGUCCUGAGAGAGGUAUAAUAGAGGUUGUGCCUAAUACACGUAGUAGAAGUCAGAUGGGAGAAACAACAGAUGGGGGGUUGUUAGAGAUAUUUCAGCAAGACUAUGGACCUGUUGGGUCUGCCAGUUUUGAGGCUGCACGCCAGAACUUCAUCAUUAGCAGUGCUGGUUAUGCCGUCGCUAGUCUCUUGCUUCAACCAAAGGAUAGACACAAUGGGAACCUUCUGUUUGAUAAUGCUGGGAGGCUUGUUCAUAUUGACUUUGGUUUCAUUCUAGAAACUUCUCCUGGUGGGAAUAUGCGUUUUGAAAGUGCACAUUUUAAGCUGAGUCACGAGAUGACACAAUUACUGGAUCCAUCUGGUGUUAUGAAGAGUGAUACAUGGAACCAAUUUUUAAGAUUGUGUGUGAAAGGAUACCUUGCUGCCCGUCGACAUAUGGAAGGGAUUAUCACGACUGUGUCAUUGAUGCUAGACAGUGGGUUACCUUGCUUCAGCAGGGGUGACCCCAUUGGUAAUCUUCGCAAGAGAUUUCAUCCCGAGAUGAGUGAGCGUGAAGCGGCUAAUUUCAUGACCCAUGUAUGUAAAGAUGCUUACAACAAGUGGACAACUGCUGGUUAUGACUUGAUACAGUAUCUACAGCAAGGCAUCGAAAAGUAAGAGAUAAUAUAGGACUGACCUAAGGUGUACAUGUUUGGUUGUAAUAUUAAAUUCAUUGUUGUCUUAUGUUAUGAUUUUUUGAGGAACUUUCUCCAUUAUAGUAUUGAUGAGGGCAUAGUAAAAUUAGCAGAUGAAGAUCUAGAGAGUCGUGUAUUUUCAUUUUGUGCUUCUCGCGAUGUAAAAUUACACUUGUGUAAUCUUAUUUAUUGACUAGUAAAUAUAAUUCAUUAUGAUGAA